AUGGACGAGGACUUUGACGUUCCUUCCGCGGUAGAGAGCUUGCCGCCAGCAAGCACAGCCAAGCGCUCAACGAGGGGAUCGAGUGAUGCUGGCGCUGGCAAGGCUGCUACCUUGAAGAUUUGCCAGUACAAUGGAUGCGAUUCGGAUUGCAAAACCAACCGACGGCAUUGCAGCCAUCACCAACGACACCUUGACAACAUGAGGAAUCAAAUUUCCAAAAACAAAGGUGCUGAUGCUGUGAAGGCUUGGUCGGAGAAAUGCAAGGAUGUUGAGUUUGCGAACUCGCAGAUCGAGUACAUGUCCAAGAAGGCAGUGGGACUCCCCAUGUUUGCCCGGGCCCCUUUGAUUGACUUCGUGCAGUGGGAGCAGGAGUUUGGUCAUUUAGUUACCAGCAAGACUGCCACCCAAGACCAACCUUUUGAGGAAGAGCAAUGGAUCCGAAGACAAGUCCACAAGUUCGGCCGCAACAGGGAGGAAAUGGUCCAAGAGUGGAAGCAGAAGUUGGCUGGCCCUUGGAAGAGGGACUACUUGGGUUACAAAGGAGCUCUUCGGCUGUGGCUUCCUGCGAAGGAAUUUCAAGAGAAGGCAGAGACAGAUUUCAUCAAGGGCAACUCCCGUGAAGUUUCCAAGCAGAAGAAGGCACCCAAGCAGUUUGAGACCGAAGCUUUUCGAAUCCACGCCUUGGAGGCUGGCUUCAACCACGGGCAUGGCUUCUUUGGCGGCCAUGUGGGGGCUGCUGGCGAUGAGGAGGAAGAUGAUCCCAUGGUGGCUGCGGGUUCCCCCGGAGCUUCAGACGGCAAAGCAGGUGCUUCGGCGUUUCCAGCUGCUCCUGCAACCAAGCGCAAACCUUGCGCUGAGACCCUUGAAGCCAGUGAGGACGAGACAGAGGCUACAGCGGCACCUGCGAAGAAGCCGCGCAAAGGAGCAAAUGGUGCAGGUGCCAGGGCAGCUUUGUUUGACAACUUGUCAAGGCAGCUGCUGACUAAGCAUGCAGCCAUCGUGAGCAAGAAAGCCGACGCUGAGCGUGUGCAGAAAGAAGAGAAGGAGGCGCCUGCGCCAGUUGCACCCACAGAUGCUACCACCAGUGCCAGGAAUCUCUACAACGACGCCCUUGCCCAGAACUUGAAGAUGGUCGAGGUUUGGCUUUCACCUGGAGCGUUGACGGCCAUGGUUGAGACCCACAACAAGGAGGUGGCAGACCAGAACCAAGAGGACAGAAAGAUUCCGGAAGGUUGUGAAACCCUUGCGACGCAGUCUCCUGGCUUGGCUUGGAUUGUGGAGUUGACGGCAAGUUCAGUCAAUGUUGGCCGGAAGCAUUUGCUGCGCACGCAUGCUUUCAUGCAAGAGUUUGUGGGUGAGAUUGCGCAGGGCUCGAUUGAGGAGGCCGAGUUGGAGAAGAAGCGCUUGGCUUGGCGACGCAUGCUUGGCUGUGCCACGCAGAUGGAAUCUUCUUUGAAGAAGUGUGCCGGGGAUGUUGCAAAGCAUGUCAGCGGAUUGGCAGCUGCAGCAGAGCGGAAGAAGAAGAAAGACAAGGACAAGGCGGAGAAGGAUGCUGAGGCCAAGCAUCUUGCCAAAGAGAAGGAGAAAAUGAAGAAGGCCAGUGCGGAUGGAGCAGGCUUGCCUCAUCUGUUCAAGCUGGCUGCGGACGAGCUUUUGCGCAUUCUUGUCAAAGAAGCGAAUGGCUUUGAGGAGAAGAUGGAUUUGAGCAAGCCAUUCGUUUUGACCAACUCUUCCCAUUUCACAGCCUGGCAAAGCAAUGCCACGCUGCUCCAGGUCAUGACCAAUUUUGGCUCCAGGUACAAGAAAGUGGAAAGCUUUGAGCAGACUGGGAAGGUUACCCAGCCCAUUGCAGCCAGGCAAGGCAAAGAACCAACAGAGAAGUUCUUCAAUGACAUCAUGCUGCUGGCCCGCAAGAGCAUCGUGGACAUCAGCGAGCAUGCGGCUAACUGGAUGACUACCAGCUGGCUGUUGGGCUUUGCUCCCAAGCGGGUCUUCAUUGGCUUUGCCCCCAACUGUGCAGCCAUGUUGCGCUGCUUGGCAUACGGAGACAUGGAGGUCUACAUCCUUCCUGUGGCCGAGCUGGUGCGUUCGAUUGAGGAGAAGCACAGCAGCCUGCAGGUGUCCACACUUUCAGAGCUGGAGCAGGUGAUUGAAGGCGGUGAUGACAAGUUCUGGAGCGGCUUGGGGCUGAAGCCCUUCUUCCACCGUCUCGAGAAAGAGGAGAUCUUGUACGUCCCAACUGGGCACCUUCUGGUUGAGAAGACUGGUGCAUCGUCCAUGAUCUAUGGUGCGCGCAAGUCUUUCAUUGUGGCAGACUCUACGGCGGCUUCCAACUACGCCGCUUGCAAAGAGCUUUUGGCGAAAGAUGGGAAGGACGUGGAAAAGAUGGAGAAAGUCCAUGAGUGUUUGAAGGCAGCACUCCAAGCAGCUGCUGUGACUGAGGUGAAGGCAGAGGGCAGCUAG